AUGAGCGAUGUCGACUACAACGAUGACCACGACGAGGAAGAGCCGGCGAGGACGCAAAAGAAGGGUGGCUAUGACGCGCGCGUAGAACAAUGGCUGCACGAACAUCCCGAUCAAAUCAUACUCAUCACGAAUGCGGGGAAGGAAGGCGUGAACUAUAUACAGUACACCAUCAAUUGCGGAGGCCUUGAAGUAAAGCGCAGAUACUCCGAGUUCGCAUCGCUGCGCGCGACGCUAUGCAGUCUACACCCGACCCUCAUAAUACCACCAAUACCCGAGAAGCACACAAUGGCAGAUUACGCCGCGAAGCCAACCAAGGCGAAAGAAGAUGCUGGCAUCAUAGAGUUGAGGAAGCGCAUGCUGGCCGUAUUCCUUAACCGUUGUCGGAAGAUGAAGGACGUUUUAGACGACGGCAACGACGUACUGAGUAGUCCUCCCGUCUCCAAUAUUCCCAAACAGAUCCUCAAGGCACCUCCGCUCGACGCCGCGAACCCAACUCAAGCGCACAGCUAUCUUCCCGUUCCAUCAUCGUCGGCGAAGCUCAAGAGCAGUGGACAGACCUCAAGCUCUGGCACUCCAGUCGCACCGCCGAACAACUCCGCUCUCCCCUCAGCAGCUGCACACAGCACUCCUGGCCCACAGAUCUUUGGUCGCUUUCCACCGGAGACGCGACAAUUGAGCGAAGAAGAGCUUGACCCAUACUUUGUCAACUUUGAGAAUACCACCAGGGACAUCGAGAAUCUGCUGCAAGGUCCCACGGAGAAGGUCAACCGACGGUUGCUGAUGCACCUCGGGAACUGGGGAGAGGAUAUGGCAGAUUUGGGCGCACGCUUCAACGCUUUCUCCCUAUCUGAACAGUCGCAGUCACUCGCUGCGGCCAUAGAAAAGACUGGUCAGGCGGUAGACUCAACCUACAUCGGGACCACAGAAUUGGCUUCGUCUCUCAGUGCAAGCUUUUCCGAACCUAUGCGGGAAAGUGCGCAGUUCGCAGGUGUUGUGCGUACGGUCCUCAAGUACCGCAUCAUGAAGCGGAUACAGGAGGACAUGACCAAGGAUGAACUCGAAAAGAAGCGAAACCUGCUCGAAUCGCUCGAAGCUAGUGAGGCAGAAGCCAAGCGGUUACAGCAACAUCUCAGCGGUGCUGGCCAUGCACCACCCCCGCGCAGUCGCGCUACAUCGAACAGCUCUCAACGUAGCAUGGGUACAGCCGAUCCGCCGCCUCGCGAAGAGGACCGCGCAUCUAUUGAUUCCGAUUUCCCACCAACACACAGCGAUACUCCCUCAGCCUCGCAAGGCGCACCCGACAGCUCUAACUCACCCCCAAACAGCCCACACAAGAAAUCCCCAAGCGGCAAUUUCGUCACGAACAAGCUCUUUGGGUCUAUUACACACGCCUUCAGGGGUAUGGCCGAUGUCGAUCCCGAGAAGACACGGAGAGAUCAGAUUGGGAAAACCAGAGACAGUCUUGUGCAACUAGAGCAGGCUCUCGGUGUUGCUGAGAAGGACACAAAGGACGCUAGCAGCGGUGUGAUGAAAGAUCUCCGGAGAUUUCAAGAAGAGAAAGAGAACGACUUGAGACGGUAUAUGAUGGAGUUUGCUCAGUGCCACAUUGACUGGGCAAAACGGAACAAAGCGGCUUGGGAGGAAGCAAGAGCGGAGGUGCAGAAUAUUCAACACAUUGGCGAUGAGUACCCCAGAACAUCAGAGGACAUGUGA